AUGGACAACGAUGGGCAUAUUCAAGGAGGUCAACUGGAUGACGAGCUAGAUGAUGAGGAGCUCGACAACAUCCUUAUGUACGUCGUAUUAUUGGGUUUCAUGUUCUUUUUCCAGGAUACACAUCAGCAGGUCCCAAGAAGACGAAGAGUACGAGAUAGCGCGCUGUCAGGGAGAGAUUAUGUGCUUGAGAUUAUUAACGGACAUGAAGACCGAAUUAUUCAGAAUAUGCGCUUGGAUGUUCCUCAAUUCCUUUUGUUGUGCGAUUUAUUGCUUAAUCGGGGUUACUGGCAUGCAUAUCCUUCUCAAAGAGUGGGGGUACAUGAAUCCGUUGCUUUAACCCUAAUGUGCCUGAGCCAUGAUGAGCGGCACCGGGUGUUAGCCGAGCGGUUCCAGCACUCAACGGAGACGAUUGAUCGACACGUUCGUCGUGUCUUACGAGCUUUGGUUCGGCUAGGUCGUGAUCUCGUUAGGCCAAGAAACGUCGAUGACACGCAUCCUCGGAUCUUGAACAAUGGUUUGCUCAUGCCGUGGUUCCGAGAUUGUGUGGGAGCUUUAGAUGGGACCCACGUAUCCGCUUGGUGCAGAGCAGAGGUAAGAGAGAGGUUCAGAAAUCGGCAUGGCGACUUAUCCCAGAAUAUACUUGCUGCUUGCGAUCAUGAUAUGCGGUUUGUCUUUGUUCGGGUCGGCUGGGAGGGUAGUGCUCAUGAUGCCAGAAUUCUCCAAGAGACCUUGCUUGAUCCGGGCUCAGGAUUUCCAAUGCCACCGCAAGGAAAAUAUUAUGCAGUAGAUGCUGCCCACAGAAAUAUGCCGGGGUUUAUGGCUCCGUUUAGGGGUGCACGGGGCACACCUCAUGAGCGAGCAGCUAAAGCGCUGUUCAAUAGGCGACAUGCAUCAGUUAGGAAUAUUAUUGAGCGUACAUUUGGAGUUCUUAAGAAACGAUUUCCAAUACUCAAAGGUCCAAUGCAGAACUACCUGAUAGCAACGCAAACUAAUAUUGUGCUUGCAUGUUGUGCUCUUCACAAUUUUAUGCGCGAUUAUGUGCCGAAUGAUGAGUACUUCAAUGAAGAAGCGAUAAAUGGUGCAUUUGCAGAUGCACACAUAGCAGGGGAACAAGUGCAGAUGGGUCAACCUACCGAUAUGUCGCAGCAGGGCAUAGAUAACUGGAAUGAAGAUCGGCGGGCAAUGGCGGCGCACAUGUAUGUGAAUGCUAAUAACUAG